AGUCUCAGUUAGACAGCGCAAAGAUGGGUUACGUUAAGGUCAUCAAGACCUCGCCCUACUUCAGCCGCUUCCAGGUCAAGUACCGCCGGAGGCGCGAGGGCAAGACCGACUACCGCGCUCGCCUCCGCCUGGUGAAGCAGGACAAGAACAAGUACAACACCCCCAAGUACCGUCUGGUGGUGCGCUUCACCAACCGCGACAUCACCUGCCAGAUUGUCCGCUCCACCAUCAAGGGCGACAUUGUGGAGGCUGCCGCCUAUGCUCACGAGCUGCCCGACUACGGUCUGGAGUGCGGCCUGACCAACUACGCCGCCUGCUACUGCGUGGGCCUGCUGGUUGCCCGCCGCAUUCUGACCAAGUUCGGCCUGGACAAGCACUACCCCGGCCAGACUGAGCCCGAUGGCGAGGACUACAACAUCGAGCCUGUGGAGGAGGGCCCCCGCCCCUUCUUCUGCCUGCUGGACACUGGCCUGAAGCGCACCUCGACCGGCUCCAAGGUCUUCGGCUGCCUGAAGGGCGCCCUGGACGGUGGCCUGGACAUCCCCCACAACGAGAAGCGCCUGGUCGGCUACGACCGCAGCGGCAAGAAGAUGGACGCUGAGGUGCUGAAGAAGUACAUCUUCGGCGGCCACGUCGCUGAGUACAUGGAGGAGAUGGAGGAGGAGGAGCCCGAGAAGUACAUGAAGCACUUCGCCAAGUACGUCGAGGCUGACCUCAGCGGUGGUGACCUGGAGGACAAGUACGCCGAGGUGCACGCCGCCAUCCGCGAGAAGCCGGUGAAGGAGAAGGCGGCCCGCACUAAGCCCGCCGCCGCCAAGAGGUGGCACACCCCCAAGCUGACCCUGGAGCAGCGCCGCGAGAACCUGAAGCAGAAGCUGGCGGCCCUGCAGGACGACGAGGAGUAAACGGCUUCGGCUGCUUGCUCGGACGGCGUUCUGGUCGUGAUUUGGGUCAGCGGCGGCAACAGCUGCGGCUUUGGAGGCUGCGGAUGCCGGGGCGCGGCGGGGGCAACUCCGCGCAUGCCUUGGCGGCUGCGGCGCCAGGAGCCUGGCGUGCCUCCUCUCGUGGUGUCUUGUGCGCGUCUUGGCUGAGGUUUCCCCAUCGAGGCCGGGAGGCGAUGUAACGCUGAGAGGAACCC